GGGGAAAAUAAUACUCUGUAGAUUGACCAAUAGUAUUUGAUGAUUCAUCCGGAUAUGAUCAUGUGCUCAGUGCCAAAAUCUAUUGUAAACAUGCAUGCAUUCCUGGAAAUUUAGAAGAAAAAUAUUUUUGUGUAUUGAUUUCCUAAGGGCAUUUUUGGGUUGAAUUUCUGUGAGAGUGAAUUGGAUUGUUUAUGUGAUUACUGACAAGCAAAAUGAUGGCUAACCCUCUACCAGUGAAAUAUAAUGCUGGGAUUAAUGGGUCACCCAAGGAUUCUCCAAGAAAAGGUAAAAGACGCCCUCCAGGCCUAACAAAAAUCUCCAUGCCAAGGGAGGAAGAGCAAACUCCAGUUCAGGUACCUGGAAUUCCAGAUUCCAAAGUGAAAAUCCAGAUUGAGGGAAAAGAAUUUGAGAUAGAUGCAGGGGAUCUUAUUACUAUCAGAAAUCUGGGACGUGGUGCCUAUGGCAUUGUGGACCUUGUUCGGCACCGCCCCAGUGGUGCCAUUCUUGCUGUCAAGAGAAUCCCUAUGACAGUGAAUAGUCAGGAGCAGAAGAGACUGCUGAUGGAUCUAGAUGUCAAUAUGAGGAGUGGAUCCUGUCCCUACACUGUCACUUUCUAUGGGGCCCUCUUCAGAGAAGGAGAUGUUUGGAUCGUUAUGGAGGUGAUGGAUGCACCACUUGACAAGUUUUAUAAGAAAAUCUAUGAGAACAAGGACCGUAUCCCAGAGGACGUGCUCAGUAGUGUAGCUUUUUCUGUAGUUAAAGCCCUGCAUUACCUGCAGUCUGAGCUCAAGGUAAUCCACAGGGAUGUAAAGCCAUCUAACAUCCUGAUCAACGAGAAGGGGCAGGUCAAGAUCUGUGAUUUUGGAAUCAGUGGUUACCUUGUAGACUCCGUGGCCAAAACUAUUGAUGCUGGCUGUAAACCCUACAUGGCACCUGAGAGAAUUAACCCAGAAUCUGGACAGAAGGGAUACGACAUUCGAUCAGAUGUGUGGAGUUUAGGAAUUACAAUGAUUGAGUUGGCCACUGGUCAGUUUCCCUAUCCGACCUGGAAAACGCCAUUUGAGCAGCUGAAACAGGUUGUUCAGGACCCUCCCCCCACUUUACCCCCAGGGGAAUUCUCAGCAGAAUUUGAGGACUUCAUCACUAAAUGCUUACAAAAAAGUGUAACAACUCGCCCCAACUAUGUGGAACUUCUGAAACAUUCCUUCAUCAAAAGAGGGGAAGAAAAACAAGGUGAACUAGCAGACUAUGUCAAAUCAGUCUUUACCAAGUAUGGCAACCCCACAGCAGAAUCUAUAGAAAAGUCUUAAAUUAAGUCCAAUGUAGUUAGUGUUGCCAAAUGACAUGACAAUGGUCAUUCUCUCCCCGGAGCACCUGCCCCCAGCAUUCGACACCAUAUCAUGGCCUGUGUUCUACUGCACAACAGUCAUAUCCAUGAGGUGUCACAUGCUCUUACACUAAAUGGAACAAGGGGACAUAACCCAGUCAUUUAUAAUUUAGUCAUUUAGUCUGACAUGUGAUGUCUGCUAAGAUCAGCUGUUUUAAGAUGAAAACCCUUCUUAUAAAUAUGCUGGCUUCAUUGAUUGUAUAUCCUGUGUUAUUUGGACUCUGACUGAUGCAUGUUGUUACUGUACUUUUAGUUGUUAACUUUUUACAUGUACAUAGUCAUUACCUCAACACUGUAAUUUAUCAAUGAGAUAUUGAAAACAGACAAAUGUUGCAUUAUUAAUUUAUUGAAAUAAUGUUAUGACAGUGCAAUGUGAAAACACAAAUUUUUAUUAGUUUGAUAUAAUGUACACCAUUUUAGAUAUUUAUUGUACAGUUUAUGCCGAAAUUUGUAGAAAUCUACUUUUAACAUUUUAUCAGUCAGUACUGUUUUAUAAUCAGUUUAUUGACUUUUUUUUUUAGCAAUAACAUUGUUAUCAUAUUGUGAAUGCUUUCAGUGAAAAUAUAUACAGAAAUAUUUAUUUGAAUGAAAUAGUAUAUAUAUGAUAUAUAUAUUAUAUGUAUUUGGAAAACUGCGAUCAGAAAGUGCUCAAGAUGAAUUAACACUUUUGUUCUAGGAAUGUCGUUGUAAUAGGUGUUAUUUAUUAACUGCUGUCAAAAAUUAAGUUUGCUGAUAGUUUCACUUCAAUACAUAUUCAAUAUUUAUUGUCAAAAAUAGGACAGACUUUGAUAUAGGGGUUCAGAAUUUUCCUCACCCUCAUAUGUAGAGGAAUUUUUUUGUUUGAGUGUGUCUCGCCUUAAUUUGUAUCUCCACAUCGCUCCUUAUCAGUUUUAGAGGUCAUGACCUUUCACCUUACUCAGUUUGUCUCUCAAGGUCAUGACUAUUUACAGACAUAGUCUUUAUAUUAGUCAGGUAUUUAUAGAAUCUAAUGGUGAACAAAUAUUAAUGAGCAUCCAUAUGACCAAAGGAGAAGGCAAGAAUACCAAAUAAUAUUAUAGUCUUGAAAUCAUCAACUGAUGUCUAUUACUGUAUAAAUAGAAUGUAUUGGUUAAUGUAACUUGUAAAUAAGAAUGGUCUACUGACUUGUUAGAUUUCUAUACUGUUAGUGAGUGGUACAGGUCACUCUGAGCGAGAGAGCUGGGAGUGAUAAGGCCUGGUGUGUUUGUGUGUGUGUAUGUAGACCGUGUCUUAGAAUUUUCCCCGGACGCUCAGGUUAACUUAAAGAUGAGCAAAUAAGUAUGUUAUCACGUAUAUCAAUAUUUGUUAUGAUCAUUAUGUUGAUCAUGUGUAAUGAUUAUUUACUGUGUUGAAAUGAUAAAAUAAAGAAAACAAGCAAUGAA